CAUUAAACUUUUUUUCUUUUUCUUUUUUUUUUUUCAUAAGAAUAAUAUGACGCUAAUAUUAUAUGACAUUUUCAAGAAUAGAUCGCGUACAACGUAAUAUACAUAAAUCAAAUAUUUUUAUCGAUCCAAUGAAUUUCCUAUAACACAGCAGUUAAAGAAUUCUCUUAGGCAAGUAAAUGUCAUUGAUCACUAUCGAUAAAUUUUCUCGAUAAAUUUCAUCUUCACUUCAUGUAAAAUAUGCGGAGAAGUUAUGAGAGGGUAGGCAAUAAGAAACACGUGUUUGAAAUGCAAUACAUACAACAGAACAUCAAAUAUUUCCUAUGAAGAAAGAUUUUCAUAAUAUAUUUUAUUUCUUAUAUGCGUUAAUAGGAAAGAGAAAUUUUUAAAUGAAUUUAAAAAAAUUUUGUUUACAUAAUCGUUUCAAAAGAAGAUUUCAUCACGUUGGCUUAUUAAAUCUCCUUUUCAUUUUAUUUGAGCUGAGUUCGUUUUUACGUACGUAUGUUAUCGUUUAAUUCAAAGUCGUUUGAAAUGAUGAAUCUUUCGUUAGUUUACGAAAAUUAGAAAAAAAAAAAAGAAAGAAACGUAUCAUUAAAGUAGUUCGUUUUAUAAAAUUUCUAAGAAUAUUAUAGAUAAUCAAAUAAAACGUAAACAUUGUAUCUGCGACGGAGGUUGUCCUUUGUAAAUAUUGACGCAGUUUGUAUCAUUGUAUCUUAACAAGCGUACGCGUUUCAUAACUACGAUCCCCAUUUUAAUUAUAUUUAACAAUUCAUUAAAAUUGUUGAAACGAAUCACUAUCAUACGAAAAUUAUUUAACGUAUUAAUAUUAUAAUUAUCUUGAUAUUAAAUUAUCAUUAUUAAUUAUCUUUUAAUUAAAUUUCUCGUCGAGUAGUUAAAAUCAUUUAACAAAUACCAAAUAUGUUCGACGAGUAAAGUUUGUGAUCGAGCUUGCAAUCGUUUCCGUAUUUUGCGAAGGAUACAAAGCUGAAGGUAAUCCAUUUUGAAAAGAUUGCAUAAAUUGCCGUCUCGAUAGGGUGAAAGGGGAAUCCGGAGGUGAUCGUCUCGUACCCGUCGAGAACGGAAUCCUCCGGUUGGCUACCUCUAACAUGUGAGCAGUCUAGCGAGUUACAAAGAGAAAGAAAGAGAGUGAGAGAAGGACAGGUGGGGUUAUUUCCCAGGUAGUACACGCACGCGAUGCCCCGGACUCGAUGCCCAGGUUCGAUUUAAUGGUGGGGGAAAUUUAGGUUACUCGUAGCACCAAGGGAAUGUGGGCCGACUAUAUACUGGCUCAUCACGAUCCUCCGUCAGUUCAUUCCUUCUUUGUAUUUCCAAUUCGUAAGACCGAUCUUCUUCAAUCUCUUCCUUCAACACUCGGCCUCUUUCUGUCAAUCGUCGUUGGAUUUUUCUUGCGUACAAGAAAUACUUCCUGCCGAUUUUACUCCCCGAACUUAAAUCGUACAGGAAGAAAAGGAAAAGAAAAAAAAAAGAAGAAGAAGAAGGAGGAGGAGGAAGAAAGAGAUUUUUGCUGCGAAUUUUUUUUCCAGUUUAGGAGUAUGAGGAUUAUCGUCUGUUUGCUGUUCCUCGGCGUAAUCGCCGUGAACGCUCAGCGUCGAUUGUCCUUGCCGGAUCCACGAAGUUGUGCGAAUCGCGUUCGUCAUGCGAGUUACAGGGACGCAAGGGGUGUCUCUCAUUCGUACUUCUUCAGUUGGGAACAUUUGCCGACUAGAAGCCUCGAGGUGGACUGGCUUGAUGCUCGUAACAUUUGCCGUCGUCAUUGCAUGGACGCGGUAUCUCUCGAGACGCCACAAGAAAAUGAAUUCAUCAAGCAAAGAGUAGCCAGAGGAAACGUGAGAUACAUCUGGACUUCUGGACGUAAAUGCAAUUUUAACGGUUGCGACCGUCCCGAUCUUCAACCGCAAAAUGUCAACGGAUGGUUCUGGUCUGGAUCCGGUGCUAAAAUCGGACCGACCAGCCAACGUAAUUCUGGGGAUUGGAGCCAUACUGGUGGAUAUGGUCAGCCACAGCCAGACAACCGCGAGGCUGCUCAGGGUAACGAUGAAUCCUGCCUGUCCAUUCUCAACAACUUCUACAACGACGGCAUUAAAUGGCACGACGUUGCCUGUCAUCACGUAAAGCCAUUCGUUUGCGAGGACAGCGAUGAGCUUCUGAAUUUCGUCGCCUCUCGAAACCCGGGAAUCCGUUUGUAAAGGUGUAAAUGCAUUCAACGAGAGACAACCCAGACGAGAUCCCACAACGGACGAUAGACGCGAUAAUUAAGAUAAUGUCGCUUCGUGGUUAUCCCAUAUUGCCGUUUAUUUAUGAUUUACUAACCGAUAAUUUUUUAUUUACGAAAUUCGAGACUCUUUUAAUCUUUUGUGAUUCGUCGAGAGACAAAAAAGAAAAAAAAAAAUUAUUGAACGAUUAGAUAAUAGAGCACAUAUACGAAGUAAGGUGGCGUAGCAAAAGUAUUAUAU